AUGAUAGAAUUGGAUUAUGUAAAAGGUGAAGAUACCAUUGUAGAAGCAACCAGCACGUCGCCGUGGCUGAUGAGGUCUCCUCUUGCCCGGGCCGCAGAAAAGAGGGGCAGUGGCCUGUUUUUCGACAUAAAUGAGGGGCAUGGCCAGCACCGAGACGUCAUUGUUGCAUAUGGCGUAUCCAAGCCGAAACGGCGCUCGCCUCAUCCCCACGGGAAUAAGGCAGCCGACAAAAGAAAAACGACCGAAAAGGAACCAGAAAGAAAAAAGAGGGUGGGCGCGCCGCGGACGUGUAAAAAGAUAUGCAUCCAGCUUCUAUAUCGCUUUAACUUUACCGUUUUGGGCAUCGGGAACGUAUGUAACAUUGAUCUCCUCUUGGGAACGGUGAGUGCAACGAAUGCGAUAUAG